GUCAUGCAGCGCCGGGUGUUCGUAGUGGGCGUUGGUAUGACCAAGUUUAUAAAGCCUCAGGAGAAUGGUGUUGACUAUCCUGACCUGGCUAAGGAGGCAGGCCAGAAUGCUUUAGCUGAUGCUGGGAUUCCUUAUUCAGAGGUGAAGCAGGCAUGUGUGGGUUAUGUUUAUGGUGACUCGACCUGUGGACAACGAGCCAUCUACCAUGGCUUGGGUUUGACUGGCAUUCCCAUCAUCAAUGUCAACAACAACUGUUCUACUGGGUCAACUGCUUUGUUCAUGGCCAGACAGCUAGUAGAAGGAGGUUUGGCAGAUUGUGUCCUGGCACUUGGCUUUGAGAGGAUGGCAAAAGGAUCUCUGUCUUCAGCUUUUUCAGACAGAACUAACCCAAUGGACAAACAUUUGGAAGUUAUGAUCAAUAAAUAUGGCUUAGCAAGUGCUCCAGUAGCACCUCAGAUGUUUGCCAGUGCUGGGAAAGAACAUAUGGAGAAAUAUGGGACAAACCCAGAAUACUUUGCAAAAAUUGCGUGGAAGAACCACAGCCACUCAACUAACAACCCGUAUUCCCAGUUCCAGAAGGAGUAUUCCUUGGAUGAAGUUCUGCAGUCCCGCAAGAUUUUUGAUUUCUUGACUGUCCUACAGUGCUGUCCCACAUCCAAUGGUGCUGCAGCUGCAAUUCUGGCUAACGAGGAGUUUGUGAAACGGUAUGGACUGCAACCAAAAGCUGUGGAAAUUCUAGCCCAGGUGAUGGCUACUGAUUACCCAAGCACAUUUGAAGAGAACAGUUGUCUGAAGAUGGUUGGCUAUGACAUGACUAAAAAAGCUGCAGAAAAAUGUUUUGAAAAAGCAGGCCUGAAGCCUGCAGAUGUCGAUGUGAUUGAACUUCAUGACUGUUUCUCAGUGAAUGAGUUCAUUACCUAUGAAGCCCUGGGACUCUGUCCAGAAGGGAGAGCGUGUGACCUGAUUGACAGAGGAGACAACACUUAUGGAGGGAAGUGGGUCAUCAAUCCUAGUGGGGGCUUGAUUUCCAAGGGACAUCCACUUGGUGCCACAGGCCUGGCGCAGUGCGCCGAGCUCUGCUGGCAGCUGCGCGGCCUGGCCGGGAGGAGGCAGGUCCCCGGGGCAAAGGUCGCACUGCAACACAACUUGGGCCUCGGCGGAGCGGUGGUGGUGACCCUGUACGGCAUGGGAUUCCCCGGAGCGACCAGCGCCCGCCGGAUCACGGCUAUGCCUCUCAGCGCAGCUCUUGAUGGAUUCAAGUCCCACUUGGUCUUCCAAGAGAUUGAAAAGAGGCUUCAAGAGGAAGGAGAGCAGUAUGUCAAGAAAAUCGGUGGAAUCUUUGCCUUCAAAAUAAAAGAUGGUCCUGGUGGGAAAGAAGCAACUUGGGUAGUAGAUGUGAAAAACGGUAAAGGUUCUGUGGCAGUUAAUUCAGAUAAGAAAGCAGAUUGCACAAUCACUAUGGCUGAUGCCGAUCUGUUGGCUCUGAUGACUGGCAAAAUGAACCCUCAGACUGCAUUCUUUCAAGGCAAACUGAAGAUUUCUGGAAACAUGGGCAUGGCAAUGAAACUUCAGAACCUACAGCUUCAGGCAGGCAAAGCUAAACUUUGAGCUCAGUAGAGGCAACAGUUAGCACUUCGUAUUCUUGACAAAAGUAGAAUGAAACUAGACAUUAUCAAUAGUGUGGUGCAGGCUGGAUUUGAUUGUACCUCUCUCACCUAAAUCAUGUGGUUAGAGACCUUAAUUCUUUUAAACUCCAUCAGUUUCUCUGUGGCAAGGAUGUUUAGGCUAAGCUUGAGGCGCUAACUCUUAACAAAUAGAGGGUGCUGGCUGUUUGUGGUAGUUUCUGGUUUAAUCAAUAUGUGCCAUUGGAUAAAGCAGAGUUGAAUGAGGCUAGCCAAGAAGAGAUGAAGAAGGUUAUAGUUGGACAUCAAUUAAAUUUCCUUUUUAAAAAGCAGUAAUAGCAACUUUCAGACUUGCAUUCUAACAAAUAAUGCUGCUGCUUAUUCUAAAAUGAUCUUACAAAGGGGAUCUUUAACAACAGGUUUUCAAGAAUGGCCUUUAGGAAUUUGCUAUAAAAUACCUUUUCUUAUUGCUACUUUGGAACUAAAAAAUAGAAUACCCAGAAGUAGGAACUAGAAGGUUGCUUUGAGAAUCAUAAGAUUUGAUGAUACUUCACCUUGGAAAAAAAUAAGAUUAGGUUCACCAGAAGAACAGUGAGGGAGUAGGACCAACAUUUUACCUGCUUUCUCCUGAGAAAAUCUGGUGUUGAUCUGAUGAAAUUCUUAUCAGUAAUGUAAAAAGCUCUUAAUUUCUGUUUGGGGAAAAUGUAUUCUGGUUGGAAGUUUAAUAGAAAAUUAA